UUUUUAUGCUGUUAGAUUUGAUUGGUGUUGGAAAGUGUGUGGGAUGUCUCACAUCUUUAUCAGAAGUGUGUGUGUGGGGGGGUCUUUGCUGAUGUAUGCAUGCAGCUUUGGCUUCGGAGCAGUUCUGACAUUUGCUGUUUUAACUUCUUUUUUUUUCCUCAGACAGCCUUUGUCCACCUUUCCCUGGCAUUUAAGUGUGACAUGUUCACCUUGCAAAAACGGCUGCAAAUAGAAGAACGCUCACGGGAUGUAGCCGAGGACAACAUCCGCUUAGAACUGCAGAGCUGUAGAUCAAUGGUGCAGAAGCUGAAGUCUUUCUGUCUUGAUGUGCGGAGGAGAGAAGCCAUCCAGCAGCUGGAGAACAGUCUGGAGGUGCUCGCUAAUGCUACUGAACGCUUAUCUCAUGCUGCAGAGAUCCUAGGAGCUGUCCAUCAGGAGGCACGUGUGAGCCGAGCAGUAGAAAUAAUGCUCCGCCAUGUGGAAAACCUAAAACGACAUCGCAUCAGAGAACAUACAGAGCUGGAAGAGAUGAAGAGACUUAUAAAUCACAAGCCAAUGAGCCAGCAGAGUGCUGAAUGCCAAGAAGAUGGUGAACUUCGUUCCAGAUACCAAAUAAUGAAAUCCUUUCACCAGGCUGCUGCAGCCCGGAGACGAGUAAGCAUCGCUGUGAUACCUAAACCAUUUAUGAAUUUCCACAUGUCUGAUUCAAAAGGCUCUAACAGUGACAGACAAAGCAUGGAGUCAGACCUGCCCAAGCAGGUAGGAGAGAACAGACAGCAAGACAGCAGGCAUCCCUUUUACCACUUGGAUGAUUCAUUGUUGGAAAAUUUUGCCCAAGAUGUCGACUCUUUCUCAUCCAGACACAGUUUAUUAACUACCGACAGCAGUGAACAAGAGGGAGACAUCCUGUAUUCCUUUAACAGAGAAGUUGGUGGUUUGAGAAAACCUGGUGAAGAGCCAAGUCUGCAAUUGGACAGAUGGACAGAGAACAUCGAGUCUGAGGAGCUGGAAAUUCAGUCAAAAAUGUCAGAAUGUCUGCAGACCUUACUGCGUGGACUGCUGCUGCUGCUACCUCUGUCUGAACAUCACUGGCUCCUCCUCCAACUGACUCUCCUGCUUCUUCUCUGUGCAGUCGUGAUCGGAGUUCUAGUCUGGCAAAGAUGUGGGCAAACAUCAGACUCCUAAUCUCAAAUGGGACUACAGUGGUUUGUCCUUAUAUGCACAUAAAUACCUACAGAAAUGCACAAGUACAUGCAUAUGCAUGCACUCACGCAUGCGCACGCACACACACACACACACACACACACACACACACACACACACACACACACACACACACACACACACACACACACACACACACUUACUUUAUUUGAAUCUGGCAGUAUGGAUGGGGUGAGGAUUUGCAGCAAUGUUAGUAAAACACUUAGCAAUUGGAAGCUCAGUCUUGUGAAUACACUAUAAAAAAUACAUUUUCUCUGGACUGACAUAUAAAUAAAGGUACUCAGAUUUUUA